AUGUCGUACACUCAAUACGACCAAUAUGGCGGGAAUCCAUACAACAAUGGACCCAAUGCGGAGAAUGGACAAGGCGGAGGCCAACCAGGCACACAAAACCUUCAACAUGAGAUGUCCAAUUAUUCCGCGACGUCCAACUACUCCAAUGCCGGCGCUCCCGCGGCUCCAACAUCUUCGACCGUCCUCUCACAACAAGACUUCCUCGCCCGCGUCGAUUAUGCCAAAUCCGAGAUCCGUGGCCUAAGCUCGAACAUCCAGGAAAUCGCGUCGCUACACCAGAGGGCUCUGUCGUCGCCAGAUAGCAACUCAUCCGCCCAGCUUGAGAGCCUCGUUACGCAAACACAGCUGACAAACACCAAAAUCAGAGAUCAGAUCAAAUACUUGGAGUUGGAUGCCCUGAAGACGCAAGAUGGAACGAAGAGCGUGAAGGCGAGACAGGCGAAACAACUGAAAGGCGAAUUUGAGAAGAGCUUGAAGGAAUACCAGUCAGAAGAAGUUCAAUACAGACAACGAUACCGUGACCAAAUCGCAAGACAGUACCGCAUUGUCAAUCCGGAAGCUUCGGAGGCCGAGGUUCAAGAAGCAUCUGAAUUGGACUGGGGAUCCGAGGGUGUUUUCCAGACUGCACUCAAGAGUAAUCGUUCAGGACAAGCUUCAUCUGUUCUUGGCGCCGUCCGUGCUCGUCACAAUGAGCUUCAGCGUAUCGAGGCUACUCUUACCGAGCUUGCUGCUAUGUUCGCCGAUAUGGCUCAGAUCGUGGAGGCUCAAGAUCCCGUGAUUGAACAUACCGAGCAGAAUGCCAUCCAGACGGCCGAGGAUGUGAAUAAAGGAAACACAGAGAUCGACAAGGCGAAUGAGCAUGCCAGACGCAGAAACAGACUAAAGUGGUGGUGCUUGUUGGUCGUCGUUCUCAUCGUUUUGGCUAUUGCCCUUGGCGUAGGAUUGGGGGUUGGAUUGGCAAAGUCGAGCACCUCGUAG